UGAACCCUGCCAACAGUCCACAAAAUAUUCACCAUGGACCUGCUGCGUGUUUACGAGUGGAUCGAUGUCAAGACUACUUUAAUAUUUUUGUGUGUGUUUUUACUGUUGAGUGAUUAUGUGAGAAAUAAAGCUCCGAAGAACUUUCCUCCUGGACCGUGGUCUUUACCGAUUAUUGGACACCUUCAUCAUAUCGAUCAUGCGAAGAUUCAUCUUCAGCUGGUAAAGUUUGCAGAAAAAUAUGGAGACGUUUUAAGCAUUCGAUUUUUCGGACUAAGAAUUGUUAUGCUGAACGGGUACAAAAGAGUGAAGGAAAUGUAUGUCCAACAAGGAGACAACCUCGUAGAUCGACCCAUGUUACCAAUUUUUUAUGACAUCUUUGGAGACAAAGGUUUAGGUAGCUCCAGUGGGUAUAAAUGGAAGCAUCAGAGGAGAUUUGCUCUCUCAACUCUAAGGAACUUUGGACUGGGAAAGAAAAGCCUGGAGCCGUCCAUCCAUCUUGAAUGUACCUUUCUGAAUGAGGCUCUUUCAAAUGAAUAUGGUCGAGCCUUUGAUCCUCGCUUUCUGCUGAACAACUCAAUAUCAAAUGUGAUCUGUGUGCUUGUGUUUGGUCAUCGAUUUGAAUACAGCGACAAUGACUUCCAGUCUUUGCUGAACAACAUCAAUGAGGCUAUGUAUCUGGAGGGAAGCAUGUGUGUUCAAGUGUAUAACAUGUUCCCGUGGCUCAUGCGGCAGGUGCCUGGAUCACACAAGAAAAUGUUUGCUUUAUGGCAAGAGGUGAUUGACUUUGUUCAAGAGAAAGUGAAUGUGCACAGAGUAGAUUAUGAUCCAUUAAAUCCUCGAGACUACAUUGACUGCUUCCUCGCUGAGAUGGAAAACCUUAAAGACGACACAGUCGCUGGGUUUGAUGUGGAGAACUUGUGCAUCUGUGCUCUGGAUCUGUUUGUGGCGGGAACUGAGACCACCUCCACCACUCUGUACUGGGGUCUUCUCUACAUGAUAAAAUAUCCUGAGAUACAGGCCAAAGUCCAGGAGGAGAUUGAUCGUGUUGUGGGAGGUUCACGGCAGCCAUCUUUAUCAGACAGAGACACCAUGCCCUACACCAACGCUGUUAUUCACGAGAUACAGAGAUUUGGAAAUAUCGUCCCAUUAAAUUUGCCCCGAGCUACUGUGGAAGAUUCUCAGAUAGGAACAUACUCUAUUCCAAAGGGCACGGCUGUGAUCGGCAGUUUGACAUCAGUGCUGUUUGAUGAGUCUGAGUGGGAGACGCCUCACUCUUUUAACCCGGGUCACUUCCUGGAUGCAGAGGGCAAAUUCAGGAAGAGAGACGCCUUUUUACCUUUUUCUCUAGGAAAGAGAGUGUGUCCUGGAGAGCAACUGGCACGGAUGGAGCUGUUCCUCUUUUUCUCCUCUCUGCUGCAGCGCUUCACUUUCUCUUCACCAGAUGGAGUGGAGCCCAGCAUGGAUUACAAAGUGGGGACCACUCGAUGCCCCUUACCAUAUAAAUUAUGUGCAAUAUCACGUUAAGUCAGAGUUGUCCAAAUUGAAUCCUGGAGGGCCAGUGUCCUGCAGAGUUUAGCUCCAACUUUUGACUGAAAAUACCUGCCUGAAAGUUUCCAGUAUGCGAAGCUGCCUUCACGCCAUUUUAUGAUUGCAAGAUAACAACAUGUGACAUCCUACUUGAUUUAAAUUAUGUGUUUCUAUAGCAACACUGAACUUAAAACUUAGAAUUGAGACUUGAACCAGUGAAAGAUUACUGUUUUGGUACUUUAUCUCUCUCUCUCUCUCUCUCUCUCUCUCUCUCUCUCUCUCUCUCUAUAUAUAUAUAUAUAUAUAUAUAUAUAUAUAUAUAUAUAAUGCACAUUCUGCAAAUAAACAAUGUAUUAUUGUGACAUCACAAAGAGGCACAAAAUUAUUUUCAUCAUCAACAACUUGUGGAAUGACCUGCCCAACUCUAUACGAGAAGCUGGGUCCUUAGCCAUCUUCAAGAAACGGAAACACUAGCGUCAUCUAUUCUAAUUAUAUUUUCUAUUGUUUUCUCUUUGUUUAUUAAAAAAAGCACACCCUUA